AGGAGAAACACACAGAAGCAAAGAGAAGCCUCAUCUUCUUCUUCUUCUUCUACAAAUUAAAAAAAAAAAAAAAAAAAAAAAUUCCGAAAAUGUCAACCGCAAGAAUCCAUCCAACUGCUUCGGCGCUCUCCUCCACCAUCAAAUACCACCUUGUCCCCAACCUACGACCACCAACAAACGUCGUCGUUUUCGGCGGCUGUCAUAGCCAUCUUAAGCGUUUCAGAACCAGAAGAGCCCUCAUCCUGGCAAUGUCUUCGUCUUCGUUUGCUCCUCCUAAGCCUAUUGAAGCUAUCGUCAAAGCUUCCAUCACCGUCCCCGAUAAGCUCGGCGACUGUCCCUUUUGCCAAAGGGUGUUGCUGACACUUGAGGAAAAGCAUCUCCCUUAUGACCUAAAGUUGGUAGAUUUGGGAAACAAGCCUGAAUGGUUCUUAAAAAUCAAUGCAGAAGGUAAAGUUCCUGUUGUAAAACUUGAUGAGAAAUGGGUUCCAGACUCCGAUGUUAUUGCUCAAUCAUUGGAAGAAAAAUACCCAGAUCCACCUUUGCGAACCCCACCUGAGAAGGCUUCAGUUGGGUCAAAGAUAUUCUCCACAUUUAUUGGAUUUCUCAAAAGCAAAGAUCCCAAUGAUGGAACUGAGCAAGCAUUACUGAACGAGCUAAGUUCUUUCAAUGAUUAUCUCAAAGAAAAUGGUCCUUUUGUGAAUGGGAAAGAGGUUUCUGCUGUAGACUUGUCGCUUGGACCCAAGCUGUAUCAUCUAGAAAUUGCUCUGGGGCAUUAUAAAAAUUGGACAAUUCCUGAUUCCCUUCCAUACGUAAAGUCAUAUACAAAGGCUAUUUUCUCAAAGGAUUCAUUUGUUAAGACACGUGCCCUCCCAGAGGAUGUCAUAGCUGGUUGGCGUCCAAAAGUCUUGGGUUGAAAUUGUACACAGCUACUGUAUGUUUCCGUGUGCCAGUAUUUACAGUCUACCUUUCUUGCAUGUAUUGUAGCCUUCAAUCGAAGCCAAAUCCUUCUACUGUCAACUGUUUACUUGCUUUCCUAUAUGUGUAAUUAUAUCAUUGGUCGUGAAAGCUAAAAAAAAUUGAGUUUCACUACUUUAGAAUUGGCAGGUAGAUGUAUUAUAUAUGUAUAGCUCUCUAGUACGGAGUCUGGGCAGUAGCUCAAAGACCCAGUUUAAGAUAUUUUAAUACAUAUCAUUAAAAACACGAUUAGCUUGAGUUAA